UGGGAGAACAGGUGAGAAAUGUAAACAGGAUAACUGAGCCAGCCUCUUCUCACACCUGAAGAUGGAUUUAUGUACUACAGAACAGACAAGUCAAGACCCUAAUUCUCAACCUCAUGGCCCUCUUGCAAAAUGCCCUCAUGAGCAUUCACCAGUCUGAGCAUAGGCCCACUGUAUGAGUGGGGCAGCUUGUGCACUAGGCAAAAUGCCAACACAAGGGAUGAAUGGAGCCUCCUUUUCUCUCCCCACCAAGCUGGAUACACUAGUGUGGGAUUUUCCUAGAACACUUUCUUCUGGCCCCACUUUGUGCCAGAGGCUGGUAUAUCUCCAGAGGGCACCUUUUCUCAUUUCACACAAAAGGGCAAGAUAGACUAGCAAUAGCCCUACUCGGACAUCCCUCCCCUGAUCAGACUGCUCUGCUCCUUUCAAAUAAAUUCUCUGCAACACCCCUUCGUCUGCAUUAUCCCUUUCCUACCUCUCUGGCCUUACCCGAGAGCACACACAAACCCCUUUAUCGAACUUCUUGCUUAUCUUGGCCAAGCAUAGACCCUCACUCUCUCUCUCUCUCUGUGUGUGUGUCUCUCUCACACACACACCCCUCUUACAAUGACCUUUGCCUUCAUCUAGACUGCUCCUGGGUCCCAGCCCCUCUAUGCAUCCUUCCCUGCCCAGCUGGCCUGACUCCUCGCUCUGUCUAAAUGCACAGCUCCUACAGCUUCCUCUUCCCUGACCACACCCACAAAUGCUUCCCUGAUUUCUUUCAUGUUUGUGUGUUAACUCCGUGGGUAUCUGUGUGAAUGCAGUAAGGAUAGCUCACCCAGCUUGUAAACUUCCAGAACUAGAAACAAAGCCUGUAAAUGUAUUACUCACUCAGCUGUGAGUCUCGUUAAAAGAAACCUAUGUCACUGUUGCUGUUGGUACCUCUGCUUCAUUCAUCAAGAAAGUGGAGUGACAUUAAUUCAUCAAGUCCAUUAAUUCAAUAAGUAUACAUUGAACACUUACUCUGUGUCAAGUUCUAGGAAUAUAACAGUGAAUAAGAUGUGGUCUUUCUCCUUGGAGAAGAUGUUUAUUAAGUUUUUCCAUGUGUCUACUAUGUGCCAGGCAUUGUACUAGACUCUGGAGUUAUAGAAGUAAGAUAGACAAGUAAAGACAAUCACAUUGCAGGAUGGUACAUAUUAAGAUCAAGGACUGCACUGAGUACUGUGGAACCUCAGAAGGCAUACCUGGCCCACUUCAUGGUUUCAAGGAAGAGACAUUAAUUCAUUCAUUCAAUCAAUCAAUCAAUAUUUACCCAUUAAUUAUACUACAUAAAAGAUGUAGUAUAUACUAUAUCUUAUAGUAAUUAAGUAAUUUAUGUUAGUAAAUUAUACUAACAUAAAGAUGUUAAAAAAAAUAUUUACCCAUUGCCUACUGUGUGCCAGUCGCUGUUCAAGGUGCUGAAGUGAUGAAGUCCUUCACCAUGAAGCCUAAAAAUUCCAGUAGGAGAGACAGAGAAUAAAUAAGAACUGUAGACUAUACUAGGUGAUGACAAGUGCUUUGGAGAAAAGUAAAGCAAAGGAAGCAUGGGGAAUAUCGAGGUCAUGGGGAAGGGUGUUUCGUAUAGAGUGGUUAGGAGAGGCUUCACUGAGACAACACUCAAGAUACCUGAAGAAAGCGAAAGGCCCAGCCAUGUGGUUAUCUGGAGGGUGACUCUGCCAGGCAGAGGGAACAAUAAGUGCAAAGACCUGGGGUACAGGCUGCUUAGAGUGACAGGAAAGAUCAAGUCAGCCGGUGAGGCUGGGGCCAGGUGAGCCAGGCGUGUGUGCUAAGGAAGGUCAACGAGGAGGUAGAGGUGUGGGCAGGGCAGGGCCUUGCAGUUGGUGGAAGGGCUUUGGCUUUUAUGCUGCAUAAGAUGGGGAACCACUGGAGGGUUUUAACGGAAAAGGGGGUAGGGGUGAUGAGGUCUGACUUUCAUUUUCAAAGGCCCACUCUGGUGUGGAGAAUAGCCAGAAGGGGGCAGGGGAACCUGAGAGACCAGUAAGGAGGCAGUUGUAAACAUCCACAUGAAAUGAUACUGGCUGGUGUAGUGGUUGGAGGGAUAGUGGUGGAAGAGGUGAGCGUGCCUCCAAGUCCAUCGUGUGUCAAAAUGGCCUGGUAAGGGGAGCUUUCACAGAGGGAACAUUGGAGCUGGCCCUGGAGGAUGCAUUCACCAGACAGAUGUGGGUAUGUGACCCAGAGGCAGAGAGACAGAGAAAGAGAUGUAUGUGCAUGUGUGUUUACAUUGGGAGGGUUAUAGAAAAAGCCCUCAAUCAUGCGAGAACUGACAAAUUGAAGAAUAGCAAAUAGCUCAGUGUGGCCAGCUCAGAACACUACCACUUAGACAGGAGGAGAGAUAGGAGCUUGGAAGAAGUUUGGAGCCAGUUGUGAACGGCCUUGAUUGCCAUUCUAAGAGCUUAGACCUGUCUGUCCUUUGGGCCAAGGAGAGUCAUCAAGGAUCUUUAAGCAGGUAAGUGGUUGCCUCACAUCCACUGAGGCCACCUUUCCAAACUACUGACUCAUUUGUUCUAAAACUCAAGAAUUCCCCCCAUCCCACCCCCAUUAUCCUUCCCAAGGCAUACCCAAAUUGCUAUAUUUUUUGUAAGGCUCUUGUAUUGCAUUGCAUUAUAUCUUACUGUGUUACAAUCAUCUGUGUGUGUAUGUCUGAUUCACCCACUAUUCUGUGGGAAGCAAAGGUCAGGGGCCACACAUAGGUCAUCUCUACAUCCUCAGCACCUAGAAUACGUGCCGGUGUGUUCAAUAAAUGAUUACUGGAUGGAUGGAUGGAUGGAUGGAGCAAGUUCUGGAAAUGUGUACAAAGAUGGUCCAAGUCCUCUGGGGAUGUUUCCUCCUGUGGAAUCUCUACAUCUCAUCCGCUCAGACCAUUUACCCUGGAAUCAAGGCGAGGGCUACUCAGAGGGCUCUGGACUAUGGCAUUCAAGCUGGGAUGGAGAUGAUUGAGCAAAUGGUCAAGAAAAGAAACAUCCCAGAUUUAAAAGGUUCUGAAUCUCUUGAAUUUCUGAAAAUUGAUUAUGUGAACUACAAUUUUAAAAACAUAAAAAUCAAUGCCUUUUCACUUCCAAAUACUUCACUAGCCUUUGUGCCUGGGGUGGGAAUCAGGGCCCUGAUCAACCACGGCACUGCCAACAUCAGCACAGACUGGGAAAUCAAGUCUCCACUUUUCCAAGACACAGGAGGAGCUGACUUGUUUCUCUCUGGGGUCUACUUCACCGGUAUAGUUGUCCUGGCCUGGAAUGACUUUGGUCACCCAAUCCUGAAGCUCCAAAACUGCUGUGCCCGAGUGAGCCACAGUGACGUCUCAUUUUCUGGAGAGCUCAGUGUCCUAUAUAACUCCUUUUCUGAGCCCAUGGAGAAACCCAUUUUAAAGAACUUAAAUAAAAUGCUCUGUCCCAUUAUCACAAGUGAGGUGGAGGCACUGAAUGCCAACCUCAGCAUGCUGAAGGCUUUAAGAAAGAUUGACAACUAUACUCUGCUGGAUUAUUCCCUAAUCAGUUCUCCAGAAAUUACUGAGAAUUACGUUGAUCUGAACUUGAAGGGCGUAUUCUACCCCCUGGAAAACCUCACAGAUACCCCCUUCUCAUCAGUUCCUUUUGUGCUCCCGGAACACAGUGACUCUAUGAUCUACAUUGGAAUCUCCGAGUAUUUCUUUAAAUCUGCGUCCUAUGCUUAUUUUACAGCUGGGGCUUUCAAUGUCACUCUCACCACAAAAGAGAUUUUCAACCAUUUGAUUCGCAACUCUCAAGGCCUUGGCAGCAUGCUCUCCCAGAUUGCAGAGCUGUACAUCUUGUCCCAGCCCUUCAUGGUAAAGGUCUUGGCAACAGAGCCUCCCGUGGUCAAUUUAUUACCGGGCAACUUCACCCUAGACAUCCCUGCCUCCUUUGUGAUAUUCACCCAGUCCAAGAACUCGACUGCGAAAACCAUCGUUUCCAUGGACUUUGUUGCUAGUACCAAUGUUGCCCUGGCUAUUUUGGGACAAAGACUGAUCUGCUCUUUAUCUCUGAAAAGGAUCAAAGUUUGGCCAAGUAAGAGGGAGAAAUUGGUCCCAAGACACAUGACAAGUCAGGAGGGUCUUAAAAGCUGUGGAGUUGGCCCAUAAACCAGAUUCUUACAGCUCUUUCUAUAUUUGAGGCUUUUGUUCCAAACAGUUCUGUUUGGAGGUAACUCCAAUCCAGGUUGGUCUAUUUGGAGGUAACUUCAAUCCAAAUGUCCGUGUAGACAUUUUUGAGACUAAUUCAGGGACCAAAUUAAACAACACUUUCCUUUUGAUGGUCUUCAUACACAUGACUUAAUUCUAACCCUUUUUCUUAAUCGCAUGCAAAGCUCAAGGCAAUCAAAUGCACAUUAUUGUUCAACCAUUUAGAGCUUGGAACAUUUUUUUUACAUUCCCAUGACUGUGGAUUUGGAUACCCCCAAACUGCACCCCACCCCACUACCACACACACACACACACACACACACACCCCUAUCUACCUGCCCUGCAACCCCUCCCAUGCAACACCGUCAGAGAAUGAAAAUAUAGCUGACUACAAGCAGAUAGUAUCACCACCCAACUCCACUUCUCACAGUUGGGCAAAUAAACAUUUCCCAGCGUGAGCCAUGUUGAGAAAUAGAAAGGAAAACAAGUCUGGGAAGAAUGGAUUCAGUUUCUGUUGGAACGGUGCUUGGACAGGCCAGCAGAGCUCAGGCUUGGCAACUGGGGCUGAUCUCCAUCUCCAUCCUCCCUCUGAACUACUGUUGAGGCCAGGGUAGAGGAAGGCCACAGUGGGGAGCCCCUAGCGGAGGUGGAACCCCGAAUGACUUCUUACCUUUCUUCCAGACUCACUUGGGGAAUUUCUAGACUGCAGAAGGCAAUGGAGUUAAAAUACUGGGGAACUCUGCCUCAUCAAGAGGGUCCUUUAAUUCUGGAGUGGGCUCAACACAUUCCUCCCCUCAAAACUUUUCAUCAUUGGAUUAAAUCUACAGCCUAGGGUUUUCAAGCUCUUCAAUGUCUGGUCCUACCUUUCCAGCCAGCCAGUCUUACCUCCCAUAGCUCCCUAAAUGAACAUUUUGCUUUAGGUGCUUCACCCUCAAGGUGAACUCAAUUCUAAUAGAUACUUUCCCACCCAUCCUUUAUCUGCUUGUUUAUCCAUACAUCCAUUCAGUGAGAAUUUAUCGAGCACCUAUUACGUGCUCUGCACUGUUCCUGAUACCAAGAGUUGAGAGAAGAACAAUGGUUUCUACCUUCCAGGUCCACAGCCUGGUGAGGGUAACACUCAGACUUUUUUAAAUUAAUUUUUAUUGGAGUAUAGUUGCUUUACAAUGUUGUGUUAGUUUCUACUGUACAGCAAAGUGA